CGCGCCACCGCUUCCUGUGGCGUCUGCUGAGGCGGUUGGCCGGGUGGCGACUGAGAGAACCGCGCGGCGUGUCCACACGGUGCUUGUCGGCGGGAGAGGAGCUGGGGGUGCGCUCCCGGGCGCCCAUCGCCGGCCUCUGCAGGUCGCGAUUCGUGAGUGCGGAGAGGGCGGCCGCCGGCCCAGCCAAGCAGCCUGCGGAUCUCGUCGGUACCCCGUCUGUGGGCGUCAGGGCCCGGCGGCCGCGGCUUCUUCGCUUCGGGCCGCGCCACCAUGAAGUUGAAGGACACAAAAUCAAGGCCAAAGUCACCAAGCUAUGGCAAGUUUCAGAGGAAGGGAAUCAAGGUUGUGGGAAAAUGGAAGCAGGUGAAGAUUGACCCAAACAUGUUUGCAGAUGGACAGAUGGAUGACCUGGUAUGCUUUGAGGAACUGACAGAUUACCGGUUGGUCUCCCCUGCCAAGAAUCCCUCCAGCCUCUUCUCAAAGGAGCCCAAGAAGAGAAAGGCCCAAGCUGUUCCAGAAGGAGAGGAGGAAGGAGAGUGUAGCUCUGCAAAGAAAAAGAUGAAGUUGAAGAAGAGCAAAGAUGUGGAAACUGAAGGAACCAGUGCCCAGCCCGAGUGUGAGGUCAAAGAGGCUGAGCCAGAGCCCCAGGGAGAUGGCGCAGUUGGUCCUGAUCCAGAGGUAGGAGAGAUGGCAUCAGGAAGCCCGGCCCUGACUGUUCCAAAAAAGAAGAAAAAGAAAGAGAAGAGAAAAUCGGAGCCUUCCCAGGGAACUACUCCAAAGGUGCCCAAAAAAGCCAAGACAUGGCUGCCUGAAGUGCAUGACCAGAAGGCAGAUGUGUCAGCUUGGAAGGAUCUGUUUGUACCCAAGCCAGUUCUCCGUGCACUCAGCUCUCUAGGCUUCUCUGCACCCACACCAAUCCAAGCUCUGACCUUGGCUCCGGCCAUCCGUGACAAACUGGACAUCCUUGGGGCUGCUGAGACAGGCAGUGGGAAAACGCUGGCCUUUGCCAUUCCCAUGAUUCAUUCAGUGCUGCAGUGGCAGGGGAAGAAGCCUACCCCAGCUCUGAGUAACACAGCAGCGCCACCUGGUGAGACUGGAGCUGAGACUGGGUCACCAAGCAAGGCUGGAACUGAGUCUGGAUCCUUGUGUGAUGAGCUGGGGAUAGAGGGUGAAGCACUGCCCAGUGAGGCUGGAACGAAGGCUGGAGCAGCACCCAGCAAGGCGGGAGCCAAGACUGGAGCUGCCGUCUCAGACCAGGUGCUGCCCUUCUGGGAUGAUGAUGCUGGUGAAGGACCUUCUUCCCUAAUCAGGGAGAAGUCCAUCCCCAAACAGGAUGAGGACAAAGAGGAAAAGCUUGAUGAAGAACAGACUGGAAAGCUACAACAGAAGUUUGAUGUCAAAUCCGUCACCUGUAAAUCACAUGCAAAGCGUCCUCUACUUGGGCUGGUUCUGACUCCCACCCGAGAGCUAGCUGUCCAGGUCAAGCAGCAUAUUGAUGCUGUGGCCAAGUUCACAGGAAUUAAAACUGCUAUUUUGGUUGGUGGAAUGUCCACGCAGAAACAGCAGAGGAUGCUGAACCGCCAGCCUGAGAUUGUGAUCGCCACUCCGGGCCGACUGUGGGAGCUAGUUAAAGAAAAGCACCCUCAUUUGAGCAACCUUCGGCAGCUCAGGUGCCUGGUGAUUGAUGAGGCUGACCGGAUGGUUGAGAAAGGCCACUUUGCUGAGCUCUCACAGCUACUAGAGAUGCUCAGUGACUCCCAAUACAACCCAAAGAGACAGACACUUGUUUUUUCUGCCACACUGACUCUGGUACAUCAAGCUCCUGCUCGAAUCCUUCACAAGAAACAUACCAAGAAAAUUGACAAAACUGCCAAACUUGACAUCCUCAUGCAGAAGAUUGGCAUGAGGGGCAAGCCCAAGGUCAUUGACCUCACAAGAAAUGAGGCCACAGUGGAGACACUGACCGAGACCAAGAUUCAUUGUGAGAAUGAUGAGAAAGACUUAUAUCUGUACUACUUCCUGAUGCAGUAUCCAGGCCGCACCUUAGUGUUUGCCAACAGUAUCUCCUGCAUCAAACGCCUCUCUGGGCUCCUCAAAGUCUUAGACAUCAUGCCGCUGACCCUCCACGCCUGCAUGCACCAGAAGCAGAGGCUCAGAAACCUGGAGCAGUUUGCUCGCCUGGAAGAUUGUGUUCUCCUGGCAACAGAUGUGGCAGCUCGGGGCCUGGAUAUUCCUAAAGUCCAGCAUGUCAUCCAUUACCAGGUCCCUCGCACCUCGGAGAUUUAUGUCCACCGAAGUGGUCGAACUGCUCGUGCCACCAACGAAGGCCUCAGCCUGAUGCUGAUUGGGCCUGAGGAUGUGAUCAAUUUUAAGAAGAUUUACAAAACCCUCAAGAAAGAUGAGGACAUCCCAUUGUUCCCUGUGGAGACAAAGUACAUGGACGCAGUCAAGGAGCGAGUCCAGUUAGCUCGGCAGGUUGAGAAAGCCGAGUAUCGGAACUUCCAGGCUUGUCUGCACAACUCCUGGAUUGAGCAGGCGGCUGCUGCCCUUGAGAUUGAGCUGGACGAGGAAAUGUACAAGGGAGGAAAAGCUGACCAGCAAGAAGAGCGUCGGAGGCAGAAGCAGAUGAAGGUCCUGAAGAAGGAGCUGCGCCAUCUACUCUCUCAACCGCUGUUCAAAGAUGACCUGAAGACCAAGUAUCCCACUCAGUCUGGCCAGCCGCCCGCGCUCAGGCCUGCUCCGAGGAACGGUGAGUCCGCUCUGAGCUGCCUCUCCAAACAGAAGAAGAGGAAGCCAAAGCCCAAAACAAAAGAGCAGCAGCAGCAGCAGGAGCCCCAGCCAAGUACAAGUGCAAAUUAACUGCCCUGAGGCAGCCUGCUGUGGCCACACGUGGUCUGUGCUCUCUGGUUCUGUGGGCCACCUUCACCUUUCCUUUCACUCCACUGUCAGCCCGGUUACAGAAAUCUCUCUCUCCCCAUGACGCCCCAUGGCAGGAGGGACCUCAUGCAGAUUUGUGUUGUUUUAAAGUAAGAAUUCUGUGCAGCAGCUUAUGUGUUUCUGUAUUUCAGUGUUUACAGGCUUGUAUGUUUAGCUUGAUUUCCUUAAUUAAAAAUAACCAGCAUGUCA